AUGCAACCUGUAAGUGGCAAGGAAAAAUAUUGCCGCAGUUACGUUCCAAGUUAUGAGAGUGGUACUUAUGAGGGUAGGAUGGGAAACCCGGGGAUGUUACAGAGAUUCUACAGAGAUUCUGCAGCGCUCGCGGCCGUGGUCGCUGCCACAAGGCACCACAUUCUCAGAUUCCCAACACCCCUGACUCUCUGGCCUUCUGACCCUUGCCGAUGUCUCUUUAAUCACUUGACCUUCAGCGGUCUCAAUUUUUUUGUCAAAGCCACCAUUACGUUUUCCGAGAAUGUCCAGGCUUGCAAAGAAGGAUUCAAUGGCCGAGCUGUGGUCCUCGAGCCGUUCAUAUCUCUGACCGGUGUGGUAUCUGUGGCGGGCACGUGGGAGAUCCAUGAGACUACGGACAAUUUGUUGGAUUCGCGGCGGCUGGCUGCAUUCGGGACAAAGGAAGACGUCUCGAGCAUCACUUGA